AUGGCGAACGGCGCAGAGGAGCCCAAGUCCGAAGUGCUUUUCCUGACGAACAUCGCGUCGCUCUACAAACUCCCCUUCCGGCAAUGGUACACUAGCCGCCCUGACAAAGUAGACAUUGCCCUGUUGGGCACCGACUCCAUCUGGAAAGGCUCGAUUCGCUUACUAUCGGAACAUCCACAAUUCCCCACCACCACCACAUCUGAAACGCCGUGCUAUGCGCAGAGACGAAUCAAGUUGGAGUUCAUCAACGGCAUCAAUCAUGACCUCGAGAGCUUCUGGGGCGAAGUAUGGUACAUCCCUCCACCACCCGUACCACAACGACCAUCAUCAGUGAAAAGUGAAUCGUCCUUGAUUUUGAAACGGCGCAGCGAGGCCAACGGCGUCAAGUUAUCCCCCGCGAAAUUGGUCUCGCGAGACGGAUCAAGCACCAUCAUACCGGUAGAAGGCACAAUUGACCAUUUUCGCGUCUUGGUGCAAUUGCCCGAUUCGGGGUUCCAUCCCAGAAACAAGGAUGAAGUAGUGGCGCUGGGUCCCGAGCAAGUUGCAUUGGUGCUCAAGUUGAAUGCGUUCCAGGCUCGCUUGUUCGUGGAGCGACUAAGGGAAUUCGACGCUGAUUACAAGUCGGGGGAGCAGGCGUACUUGCUUGAUCAAUUGGGGCUGAUUCACAGGGCUAAAAUGGAUGCGCGUUUGGAUAUGAGUGGGUUGAAGCUGUCUGUGCAUAAGCUCGCCCUCGGGAAGCAUGAUGAAAAGAUGCAAGAUAACAGGAGUUCAAGAGAUGACAACAAAAAGGGCGACGAGGACGAGGAGGAGGAAGACGAAUUUGGGGACUAUGUAAGCCAGGACAAAUAA